GUACAGCUUCUCUGUUUUCUCUUCGUAACGUUCUGUUCUGUCUCGGACAAACAGUCCAAAGAAACCAAACACAGCCCCCGCUUCUUCCUCCUGCCACCUUUUCCUUCCCCACCGCACCACUUUCUUCAACUCCCUUUCCCAGUUUUCCAAAUUAAAUAAAACGUAUACCCAAAUUCGAAUUCAAGGGCUCACACCGGGACUGAUAUCCACUGGCAGAAAAGAUAGAACCCAGUUGUCAUUUCUUUUUGUUUUUUUUGCUGAAAAUCACAACAAUAACAGCUAGUUGAGAUUUUCUUGCCUUCUUAAAUAUUUUCUUGAUUGAAAAAAUUGAUAAUGUCAGUUGACAUGCAAAGCUACCCAGCAGCGGCCGUGAUGAGAUCUUAGCCGGGAGUGCCAGCCGCUUGAGAGUUGACUUUUGACUUUUCAUUUUAACAAGGGACUGUUUUUCUGUUUCUUUUUUCUUUUCUCUGUAUUGAGAUGGGGUCCAGCCCAAUUGUGGUGUCGGGGUCAGGCGGCGGCGGAUGGUGGUGGUGGUGCAAGUGGCAGAGAUUUUACGGCAACAAUAGCAGUAGCAAGCAUAAUAGUAGCACUAGUAACACUCUUUUGAGUACCAGUAGUAAUAACAGCGGGAAUAACGAGUCGUGUGUGUUGUCAUGGAGUUUUGGGUAUUUUUUGUUUGCAUUUCUGAUGCUGGGUUGGAUUGCGAGCCUCUACGGGAGGUUGAUGCUGACCCCAAAUGUCCGUACUACUCUCUCCACUUUAGGCUGUCAAGAGGACGGUGAAGGUUCAUGGUCUAUCGGUGUGUUUUACGGUGACUCGCCUUUUUCCCUCAAACCCAUCGAAGAUAUGAAUAUAUGGAGGGAUAAGAGUGCAGCAUGGCCGGUUGCAAACCCGGUGGUUACUUGUGCAUCAGCUUCUGAGGCUGGAUUCCCCAGUAACUUUGUGGCCGAUCCAUUUCUUUAUGUUCAGGGGGAUGUGCUUUACCUGUUUUUCGAAACAAAGAACUCAAUCACCAUGCAAGGAGACAUCGGAGUUGCAAGAAGUGUUGAUAAGGGAGCUACGUGGCAGCAGUUGGGCAUCGCCUUGGAUGAAGAUUGGCAUCUCUCUUAUCCCUAUGUCUUUGACUACAAUGGCCAUAUAUAUAUGAUGCCUGAGGGAAGUGCAAAUGGGGAUCUGCGGCUUUAUCGAGCUGUGAACUUUCCAGUGGAAUGGACAUUUGACAAGGUCAUUAUGAAAAAGCCUAUGGUUGAUUCCUUUAUCAUUCCUCAUGGUGGAAAGUACUGGCUGUUUGGUUCAGACCACAGUGGUAUUGGGACCAAGAAGAAUGGACAGCUGGAGAUUUGGUACAGUACUUCUCCUCUUGGUCCUUGGAGACCACACAAAAAGAACCCUAUAUAUAACACAGACAAGAGCAUGGGAGCUCGAAAUGGAGGCAGGCCCUUUGUACAUGAUGGAAACCUUUAUCGAAUUGGUCAAGACUGUGGUGAAACAUACGGGCGGCGAAUUCGUGUCUUUAGAGUGGAAAUUCUCACUACAGAUGAGUUCAAAGAAGUUGAGGUCUCUUUGGGCACUGAAGAACCAACCAAGGGACGAAAUGCCUGGAAUGGCCUCCGCAACCAUCAUCUUGAUGUUCAGCAGCUAAGUUCUGGGGAGUGGGUUGGGGUGCUGGAUGGGGACAGAGUGCCCUCUGGAGAUACAAAUCGCAGGUUUGUUCUAGGCUGUGCCUCAGUCAUGGCUGUUGCUGCACUUGUUAUAUUGGUUGGAUUGCUUCUAGGGGCUGUGAAAUGCCUAGUACCCCUAAGUUGGUGCCCUCACAAUAUGGGGAAGAGAAGCGAUGCUCUCUUGUCGUGGGAGAAGCCGAAUCUGUUAUCCUCCAAACUGAGACUGUUUUGCAGCCGUUUAAACAGAGCGAGCUCAAUUCUUCGUGCCAAAGUAAAUCUGAAUACUUGUACCGGGAGAUUGGUUAUAAUAUUGACAAUCAUGGCAUCAAUGGCCCUAAUGUGCCUGGGGGUUGGAUACAUAUAUGGAGGCAGUGGUGCACAGGAGCCUUACCCGUUAAAUGAUCAUUAUUCUCAAUUUACUUUAUUAACAAUGACCUAUGAUGCUCGCCUCUGGAAUUUGAAAAUGUACAUAAAGCAUUACUCCAGGUGUUCAUCUGUGCGUGAAAUUGUGGUGGUCUGGAACAAAGGCAAACGUCCAGAAUUGAGUGAAUUUGACUCGGCAGUACCAGUAAGGAUAAGAGAGGAGGAAGAGAACUCGUUAAAUAAUCGAUUCAAGAUGGAUCCAAAAAUAAAAACUCGAGCUGUACUGGAACUUGACGAUGACAUUAUGAUGACUUGUGAUGAUAUAGAACGGGGUUUCAAGGUAUGGCGUGAGCAUCCUGAUAGGAUUGUGGGGUUCUACCCCCGGCUCGUGAAUGGGAGUCCCCUGAAAUACAGAGCAGAGAAGCAUGCUCGCAGACACAAUGGCUACAAUAUGAUUCUAACUGGGGCAGCUUUCAUGGACGGCCGGAUGGCCUUUGAGAGAUACUGGAGCAAGGAAGCAAUGGCUGGAAGACAGGUGGUUCAGAAGUAUUUUAACUGUGAGGAUGUGUUGCUGAAUUACCUUUAUGCAAAUGCAAGCUCUUCCCAGACAGUCGAGUAUGUAAGACCUGCAUGGGCUAUUGAUACAUCAAAAUUUUCUGGUGUAGCUAUUAGCCGGAAUACGAAUGCUCAUUAUCAUGUUCGAAGCAAUUGCCUGCGAAUAUUUGCAAAGAUGUACGGGAGUUUGACCGACCGCAAGUCAGAAUUUAGCCGGCGGAAGGAUGGUUGGGAUGUAUAGUAGGAAUGAAGUCUAACCAGAGGUGGUGAAAGUUGGUGGGUACAUCUGUUGAUCUUCGUUUCUCUGUGGCAUAAUUUUGUUCUAUACCGACCCUGUAAAACUUCAUUUGCCUCCCAUUGUGAAUCUUGCUUCGAGGGGGGAUUCUGUUAUUAAUAGUUUUGGCAGUCAAUUGUACAUUAGUUGGUGGAUCAAUACUUGUUCAUUUUUUUUUUUGUUUUGUUUUCUUGGGGUGUUUUCUUUAUGCAAAGCUUGGGAUGUAGACAAAGAACACAGGUUUCAUCCUUUACUGUAGCAAAGCCUACUAUCUUUGUGGGGGUGA